AGGGAAAGAUAAAAAGAAAAAAAGAAAUGGCAACAAAGAGCGAAAUAUCUAAAUUACUUUAAAAACACAAAGUAUAUCCGGAGGCCAUGUUUUCGGCUAUUUGACGGAUUAGUACAAGACAAGUGUAACUGAUAGGGAAGGGAAAUCUAGAAUAGGAAAAGUUAAAGGCAAACUUAUAAGAAAAAAAGAUGGCAUUCAUGAUUUUUUUUUAUAAAUUUCUUUAUAUAUUUUUUUUUCUUUCGUUCGGGAGAAACAGUUACUGAUUCCAACAUUUUCUGAUGGGGGAUAAAGAAGUGAGUACGACGUUUGUCUAUGUCCGGCCCGCCCUCUCAUCCAUCACAGACAUCGAUGACAAAACCGAUGCUUUGAAAUUCACCAUUCUACUAACUGAAAUUAAAUUCAACGACGGUCUGGAAUUUGAAGAAAAAAUUGUUAAGAUAUUCUUCGAAGGAGACGUAAAAUAUGUUCGAACGUUGGAGAAAAUGUCGCUAAAAUAUGCCCUAAAAUUUGGGAAAUAAUUUCUGAAAUAUGUUGUAAAAUUUGAGGAAAAUCCUUUAAAUACGCUUUGAUAUUUCAGAGGAGUCUUCUAAAUUAUAUUCUAAAAUACGGAAAAAAUUGUCGAAAUAUAUUCUGAAAUUUGAGAUGGCAGCUCUACUCAUUCAUCAUUAUGAUAAUGUAAAUUGAAUUUGGAGUAGUUCCAGGUAAAGUGCGACAUGAUAGACAUUGUUAAUGCUUCGCUCGUGACAAAGGACAAUAAGGCCAAGGAUUGGACGUCGAUUCUUAUCAUCGAUCUAACGAUUAGGAAGAGAAAUUCGAUGAAAUUACGCAUUAAAUUCGACAAAUUUUAAGUUAAAAAAAAGCGUUAUUAUGGUCGCUCUUUACUCCAAGAGUAACCGGAAUAACUGUUAAGGAUCGAGUUAAUCAAUCUCCUCUUCUCUCUACCAACGUAAAAUAAGAAUGAAUUCGUUCUUUAGAAGAAGGAGAAACUUAUACACGAGGAUGAAGGAGCAUGGUACGUACCACAUUGCACGUUCCCAAAUGGUUUAUGUGAAAAUAAUUUGAAUAUUUGGCCCAUAAACGUGUUAAAUUUGCACGAAUAAUAAUAAUAAUAAUAUCGAGAAUUAAUCACAUUAUCUUCUUUGGGGGACACGUCAAAGGCAGUCACGUUCAAUGUCAUAAUGCCAGCACCUUGCAUCAUUAUAGCUAACAUCUUCCUUCUCCACCAAUCAAACGUCAUCUUAAAGCACUGUCAAGGUCAUAUUUAUCCAAUCCGGAGAUAAAGACGAUGACUAUUAUUUAUGAUCGAGCCAAUGGGGGACGAUAAUAAAUGACAUCACGGUUUGAAUAAAUAUUUGUUAGACAUUGAGAAGCCAUGGUGUUGCCGAGUACGGCAGCCUCCGAAGAUUCGAUAAUGUCUGCAGACACAGACGAAAUUAAUGGAGAUUACGAUAAUAUUAAUGUGGUUGUCAGGGUUCGACCUCUUACCAUGCAAGAAGCUGGAAAGAAAGACAUUCAAGUGGUGCAUUUUCCGGCAGAUGGGCAAAUCAUGGUAGACGAUCAAAUAUCAGGUCAGACACGUGUUUUCACUUACAACGUGGUAUUCGAACCCGAAGCAUCUCAAAAUGACGUCUUUGAAUAUUGCGGAAUCAAAAAAAUGAUAGACAUGGCGUUAGACGGAUUCGCUUGUACAGUAUUGGCGUACGGACAGACGGGGGCUGGGAAGACGUACACGCUUACGGGCGUACAGUGUGACGGAAGAACGGGGGAGAAAGUACAAGGCGUUGUACAAAUGGCAUUCGAUUAUUUAUUCGAACAAGUCGAAUUAAGAAGGGAACUCAAUUAUAUUGUACAAGCUUCCUAUUUAGAAGUGUACAAAGAGCAGGUAUUCGACCUCUUAAAUCCUUCAGCUAAAGGAUUAACAGUCAGAUGGUCUAAGGAAAGGGGUUUUUAUGCAGAGAAUCUCUUCGUCGUCGAAUGCGAGGAUGCUGGAGAUCUGGAAGGAGUUCUGGAAGAAGGGAGGAAGAACAGGCAAGUCAGGAGUCAUAAUAUGAACGAGCAUUCGAGCAGGAGUCACACGAUAUUGGUUCUGAUGAUGACGUCGGAGAUGAGGGACCCGGAAGAUAGCACAAAUUUCAUACGUAGACACGGGAAAUUAUCAUUAGUCGACCUGGCUGGGUCUGAAAAAACGAAGAAAACCAACAGCAAGGGAGAAACACUGAAGGAAGCCAACAACAUUAACAAGUCUCUACUGGUUUUGGGUAAUUGCAUCUCUGCUCUUGCUGAUCCCAGGAAGAGGAAUGGCCACAUACCUUACAGAGACAGUACUUUAACUAAACUUCUAGCCGAUAGUUUUGGUGGGAGUGGAAUGGCACUAAUGAUAGCGUGUAUAUCUCCUAGCAGAGCCAACACUUCAGAGACACUCAACACGUUAAGGUACGCUUCGAGAGCCAAAAGAAUCAAGACGAAACCCAUUAUCAGAAUGGAUCCGAGAGAACAGCUGAUUUUGAGCCUGAAAAGGGAGGUAAAGUUACUUAGAAUGGAAAAUGAUUUCUUGAGGCAACAGGUAUGGAAGUUAAAUAUUGGUGGAGACGUCACUUUUGGAAGACCCGGUUCGAUAUCUAUAGAGGACAUGAAGACGGACGAAGUUAAAUCCAUGUUGUACCAUUACAUGCAAGAGAACGAAAAUUUGAGGGAAGAAAAUGCUAGUCUUCACGAGAUGAGAGACUUGUUAACGAGGGAUCACGAAUUGGUUUGCAGAGAAAAUGAGAAAUUAUCGCAAAGAUUAGCUAAUAUGGGAAGAAAAUUCAGUCCGUCUUCGGCGAGUCCCGAUUAUCAAGACGAGGGUAACUCCCAUUCUUUGAACAAUUCCUACAGUUCUCAGCAGGAUUUAGUGACUAAUGCGUGGUCCAGUGCGGGAUCGAGAAGAUCACUUAAUGACUUAGACGGAGACAUGGAAAGGGAAAGUGCGGAAUACAUGGAUUUUACAAAAAGAACACCUUCGAGAGUGAAAGUAACGAACCGAAGUUGGACGAAGCAAUUCACCCCCGAAAAACGAAAAGUUGGGAGAAGUUUGACAGAUAUAACAGAAACGGCGGAGAACAGCGAUCGCAGCGCCAAAGCUUCCCCUAGGCCGCAAAGAUGGAAUUCGUGGGGUAAUGGAAUAUCUCAAGGUUCCGAUAGAUCGAAAAUAAACAAAUCUAUAAAUAAUGGAUCGGCAGAAGUCGAAGAUGACGUCACGAUAGUGGGAAACAGCGUCAUGACUCCUACACCACCCCCUAAAUUACCUCCACUCAUAUCGAAAUUAAUGCCAGUAGGAGUAAAUAAUAGGAAAUCAGCUAAAAUGUCUAUUAAAACUAAACAAGAGAUAGACGAAAAUAGUGCCAAGUUAGCAAAAGACUUACAAAAAGUACAGAAAGCAAUGUGGGGCGAAACGUAAAAUAAAGAAAAUUAUCAAAAUAAAUAAAUAAAUAAAAGUAAAGGAGAAUAAAAUCAAUACUUCGGACUGUUUAUCAUUUUAAAAAGCAGGCAAUACACUGCCCGAGGGCAAUAAUUGGAUAAUCUACGACGUAUUUCAAGAUCGGAUUUUUCUACUGCUAAAUGUAUUUCAUACAAGAAUUCGUAUAAAUAUGUAAUUAUUCAUAUUAAAAAUUAUACAUAUAUGCAAAUUUUUAAUAAUUAAAAUAACAGCAUCAUCCAAUCAGUUCCGUCCAUUAGAUCACGUGACCGAAAUUUAAAAUAUAUUUUUUUUAUU